AACAAAUAACUAGCAGAAUAUCUUUCAAUAUGGAUGCACAUCUCUUAUCAACGCUUGUGGACGUGCUUAUCCUUUUAGAAAGUAAAUCAUCCAUCUUCUCUGGCCAUGAAUUUCGCCAGUGACUUUGAUAUUGCAACUUUUAGCAUAAUGGGCUUUACUAUUUUAGAUAUAGUAAGCAUUGGCUCACAGGCAGCCAUGGUGCUUGGAGGUGUUGUCCCAUUUAUUCCUCAGUAUCUUGAUAUUUGGCGAUCAAGAAAUGCAGAAGGUUUCUCAUUGUUUGUUUGCCUUGCAUUACUGAUUGCUAACAUCUUGCGCAUUAUGUUUUGGUUUGGCAAACAUUUUGAGCUACCUCUCCUUGCACAGAGUAUUAUCAUGAUAUUUACCAUGUUGAUCUUGGUUCAGUUGUGUGUUGAUGUAAAAAGUCGAAUGGAAAUAAUUUCUUCUAAGCCACGAAGAUUUACUGGUGGCAUUGAUAGCCCUCCUGUUGAUGCACAGGUCCAUUCAUUUUUUGAUUUUGACCCAGCAUUUUUUUGGCGCUGGACAGACUUUCUGAGUUACCUGGAAUUUGUCACUCUCUUCACACUUUGUAUUGGCAUCAUUACCUACCUGCUCAUCAACAGUGUUGUUUACAUAGAACUCCUUGGAUUUAUGGCAGUCUUUACUGAGGCUAUGCUUGGUGCCCCUCAAUUUCUUCGUAACUUUCAAAAGAAAUCUACUGCUGGUAUGAGUCGUAAGAUGGUUGGCUUCUGGACAUGUGGUGACAUCUUCAAGACAGUCUACUUUAUUCUCAGAGAAGCCCCUGCCCAGUUCUGGAUAUGUGGCAUGCUGCAAGUUUCAAUAGACAUUUCCAUCUUCAUUCAGGUAUUCAUUUACAGACAUAGUUCCAAUAUUGUUGACAGAACAAGCAAAUCUGCCAUCAGCUGACCUAGCUGAGACUGUAUAUUAAUGUGAUCAUUUCAGACUAUGUUUAUGUACAUGUUCCUAGUUAAAGCUAAAAGUAUAGCAGAUGUUUUUUAUGGAGAAAUUUGUAAAAUUUCUUAACUCAACAAUACACUAGAUUCAUUAAAUAAAUAGUUAAUUAAAAGUAAUAAUUAAAACAUUUUAUUUUUUUUUUAAUGCCAUCAACACGAAGGCAGUUUGAACAAAAAUGAGAAAAUCUUUAAAAAAAAAUAUUUGUAUGGAGUUUGUUCAAAGCGAAGCCACUUUAUAAAUAUUUAGCAAGGCAAUGUGAAAAAAAAGCUGUUUCUUCAUAAGGUAGAUAAUUUGUAGAUUUGAUGCUUAUAAUCACAUCCUAAACUAAAUUGUAUCAAUUACUUAAUAAAAACAUUGAGUUGACAUUUUAAAAAGUAGAUGUGAACAUAAAUAAAGUUUUUAAAGUUGAAUCCAUUCACUAAUUUUAUUUACAAGAAUUAUUCAGCCUUUAUUUAAAAAAAUAAAUUUGAACAACAAAUUAUUAAUUGAGGCAUUCUAUUGAAUCACCAAUUAAUUUUUAAAACGACAUCUUUUAAUAUGAAUUUUGUAGUGGUAUUUUUUUUUGCUAUAUUGCUUGUAUACCUUGUUUAUUUUUUUAAAAUUGCUGUUAAUAUAAGAUUAUUAAGCUUUUGCAAAAGCUUGAAGAUCUAUUUAUAGAUUGCCUGAUGAAUUGGUUUCCAGUUUACCUCUUAGCUGGCUUAAAAUAAGGUGUCUUUGCAUGUACAAAAACAACCUAUUGUUAGUACAUGUUUACAGAUUUCUUUUUUUACUUUAAAUUUUCUAAGUGGGUUAUUUCCUCAUGCUCAUGCCUGGAUUAUAUUAGAACACUGUAAUCUUUUCUGUUAUGGUGGCUCACAAAACAAGGCUGUUAAUUGAUAAGUGUUUUGUGAUUAAUUCUUGAUUAAAAUAUUACAUAUAUGUAUUGUAAAGAGGAUACUAUUUUGCGGGUAUUAAUAAUGAUAUAUACAUAUAUAUAUGUAUGUAUAUAUAUAUAUAUAUAUAUAUAUAAAAUAUUCCUAUGCAUUUUUUACUGUGUACUCACGUGGUAUGUAGCAGUAUGAGAAAUUUACAUGAAAUAUUUAAUCACCUAAUAUUUUAGCCUCUUACCAAGUUUAUAAUCAGAUCUAAAGGUUUUAUAUUUUAUUAGAUACAGCAUUUGCAUUUGCUUUUUUAGUCUAUCGAAAUUUAAAAAUGCUUUAAAAUUUCCCAUUUAUAUUUUUUUUCUUUCAAGCUCAUGGUUUUCUUAGUUAAUUAAUAAUAAAUCCACAUUCCAAACCUAUUACAUUAAUUAGGAGAAUCUUCAAAAUAAAACACCUGUAAUCUGUGUUUAAAUUUGUGCCAUGUAGUUGUGGUUUUCAGUGUAAUUGCUUAGUGUAUGUUUUAGCACCAAUUUAGACAUUGAUCCCCCCCCCCCCCCC